GAGUGGGGCGUAGGGUGAUGCAAUCACUUAACCCCUUUUUGAGUUUGUUUCCUCAGUCUUUUUCAUUUUUCUAUUCAAAACCAUUACCUGCCCAUGUGAGCUGCCUUCUCUACCUUAUUACAAUUUCCACACCUUUCAGCACUAUUGUACAAAUCAUUUAAUUUCCUACUCUUUCUCUCGCUCUGCAACCCUUCUUUGUUUAUUUUUUUUAUUUAUUUAUUUUGGUGUUCCAUUGUUGCUGAGAAAUUUUGGACGUAUAAGGCAGAUAGAUAGAUAUACAUGGUCCAUAGUGCUUUACCACACGGAAUCUUAGCUUGUGAAUUUGCAGUAAAAGUGAAGAGUUCUCAGAGAAAGAGAGAGAGAAUAUUGUGGAAUUUGCAAAACCAAGAUAAGAUAUAUUCCAGGAGAUGUGAAAUUUGCAAGCAAAAAUGACAUCUUUCAGUGGGUUAAGCAUUGGUUUAAGUUUGGUUUUUGGUUGUCUUCUACUGGCUCUUGUUGCAGAGCUUUACUAUUUGCUUUGGUGGAAGAAGAGAAUUAUCAGCUCACAAGUUGAAGAUGAUUACAACAACUACGCAAAGGAGCUCGUUCAACUCUUCUGCUGGAAAAAAUCUGCUUCUUUGCAUGCAUCCACCGCUGCCAACAACAACAAUAAUCAAGGUUUAGUUAAAAACAAAGAUAGCAAUAGUGUUGAACCAGACUUGGAACUUGGCUCAAGCAGGAGUUUGCUGGUGAAGGGUUUUGGAGAAGAGGAUGUAGAAUCAGAGCUCAUGAGACUACACAAUCUGGCAGGUCCACCCAGAUUUCUCUUCACAAUCAAGGAGGAAACAAAGGAAGAUUUGGAGUCUGAAGAUGGCAGGUCUAGAGGUGAGAAGAGCAGAAAAGGAUCCAGAACAGGGAGCUUGAGUGAUCUUAUGUUAACUGUUGACACUCCUCUUAGUCCUUUGGCUUCUCCACCAUUGAAGUCUCCUCCUUUGAACCCCUUUGAUUCUUAUCACCGCAAUGGAUUCAAUCCCCUCUUUGAAUCAUCCACAGAUGCAGAGUUAAACAAGCUUAGAUCUUCACCUCCUCCAAAAUUCAAGUUCUUAAGGGAUGCAGAAGAGAAACUUUUAGAAAGAUUGAUGCUAGAAGCUGAGAAAAGGGUACAAAGAAAUGGUGGUUCCAUUCAAAACUGUGGUGUUAAAGCUGCCAACAACACACCAAUUUUAACAGAAGACAUACAAGGGUCUUUCCUUAAAUUCAUUGUUGGAAAGAAUGGAACACCUCUCCAAUAUUUACCACAGUGCCCUUCAUGUUCCUCUCAGAUAUUGCCAUUGGAUUCCUGCUAGAUGAGUUUCUUUCACUUUUUUUUUCUUCUUUUAAUUUAUUCUUUUCAUCUACCACUCAGUACUAUAGUUAUAGUUGGUUACUUGUAUAAAUGUGUAUUAAUUUUAAAAAGUUAUUAUUAUCA